AUGGCUGCUUAUUAUAUUGUUACUUCUGAGAACACAACUGAUGCUAGCGAGAAGGAAUAUAGCAUUGUUCACUUCCAAAAUCCCAUCAACAACUUCAGCAUCAAAAAAAUACCCAUUGCUCAAAUUUAUAAACAAACACUAUUUUCAAUAUUCAAUUUCCUAAAACCCUACAAAAUUACAACUAUAGAAGAAAAUCUUUCUAUAGACAAAUGCAAAGAUGUGUAUUUGCUAUCAAGAGAUGACAUAAGAAAUCAUCGAAGUAAAUAUAAUUUUCUUCAUAUUGGGUUGGUACAAUUUUCUAUAGAUAACACCUUAUUAACCAAUGAAGAAACACUUAAUGUGAAAAUAAGUUUAAGAGAUUCGAAAUUCCCAAAAUUCGAGGAAUCAAUCUUGGUUCGUUUGGAUUCAGAUUUUCGUAAGGGUGAUGUGAACUUUAAUUGGUUUCCAAAUUUCUCGACGCGCUUGUCUGAUCUAGCGAAUUCGAACGCCUUGGUCGUGACUAUUGAUGUUCCAGAGGAUUCUGUGAAUCUAAAAGUUAGAUAUAGGGUAUGUUAUAAAUUAAUGAAGAAAUCUUUUAAAACUGAUUAUCUAUUUGAAAAUCCUGUGAUAGAGGUGGAUACUGAGAAAACAAAUGUCGUGGUUCCAAAACCUAGUAAUAAUCAUAGUUGA